AUGAAUCAUACUGAUAAAGAAACUAUGAAGAAAACCAGUGUAGUGAACCUUGAUAAACUUCUAUGUGACUUCUCAGAGAUAGAAGAGAAAAUAUCAGAAAUUAAUGAUGCAAAUAACCUACUGGUUCAUCAGCUGGAAAAAUGUAACAGAUUGCUAACAUUAAGUCAAUCAAAGGAGGAAUCAGUAAAAGAGGAAUGCAGUUCUCUACAGAAUGUGAUAAAGGGUCUGACACAAACCAUUGAAAACCAGUGUAAUGUGAAAGAUGAAAAUGAUAGACUAAAGGGAACCAUUCACAACUUGGAAGAUAAAUUAAAGACUUGUGAAGAGGAGUAUAAAGAUCAAAUUGAGAAACUCAUGACAGAAAUUAAAAGCAAAGAGGAAGACCACAAAUUAGAAAUAACACAGUUGAAUUGCGAUAUGAGGAAAAAAUUUGAACUAAAAGAAAUGGAGUAUAGAGAAGAGAGAGAUAAAAAAGACCUGGAAAUAUUAGAGCUAACUAGACAGCUGAAAAUUCAAAAUGAAGAGAAGCAGAAUGAAAUAAUUAAACUGCAGAUAGAGUUCAAUGCUAAAUUGGCAAGAGCUCAGGAUAAAACCACCAAGUCCUUUUCAGAUGCCUCAGUCUUACCACAAAGUAUCUAUCGAAGGAAGCUGCAGCAUCUCCAGGAAGAGAAAAACAAAGAAAUUGAAAUUCUCCGAAACACCAUAAGAGACUUGGAGCAGCGUCUUAAUAAAGGCCAAGACCUGCCGUUCAAACGGAGGAGAUUCUGA